AUGGCGAUCCUGAAAUUGGAAGAUUACGUCGUUCUGGUAGUAACUGUGCUAUUGUCUCUCGGAAUGGGUUUGUACUAUUCCCUUAAAGGUGAGAAAUUCAAGACAACAGCUCAAUAUAUCAUGGGUGACGGAGACAUGGCGAUACUCCCUGUUGCAUUGUCGCUUCUCGUGUCGUAUAAAUCGGGAAUCAUGCUGUGAGGAAUUCCUGCUGAGGUUUAUAUAUACGGCAUGCAAGUCUUGUUUUUAUUCGUGGGCUUUGCUGUUGCCGAUUUAGUCUCAAUGUACAUAUUUAUUCCUUACCUGAAGAAUUUGGAAAUGACCAGUAUUUUCGAGUAUCUUGAGGUGAGGUACCAGUCCCACGUUAUAAGACUAUUCGGGACUAUUCUGAGCAUUAUUUUUGGGGUGAAUUAUAUGGGAACCGUUUUAGCGAUGCCUGCCGUUACUUUAAAGGCCGUUGCUGGCUUAGACAUCUGGUGGUCUAUCGUCUCUCUUAUGGCUGUUGUACUGAUAUACACAUUAAUUGGAGGUUUCAAGGCCGUCAUUUAUUCUGACGUAAUUCAAGCCGCUUUGAUGUUUGGUGGGAUGUUUGCAGUCAUUAUCAAGGGUACAAUGGAUGCCGGUGGAUUAGCUUCGACGUGGCAAAAAGUGUACGAAACGGGUCGCCUUAACUUUUUUGUAUUUGAUGUCGAUCCUACAGUUCGGCAGUCCUUCUGGAGUGUGUUUGUUGGCGGUUUUAUACUGGGUCUGAUGAGACCUUUCAUGCAAACAUCCUUUCUCCGGAUUAAAGCGACUCCAAAUAUACAAACAACUCAAAGAAUGUAUCUCGUCUCCGCCAUACUUUCGCUGGUGAUACCAAUAUUGACAACGGUGGGUGGGGCCAUUAUGUUCGCUUACUACAACCAGAAAGGAUGUGACCCCUUACUUUCCAAACAGUUGGACAACUCAAAUCAGUUGAUGCCUGCCAUGGUGACAGAGAUAUUUCAAGAUAUGCCGUUCCUACCGGGUCUAUUCCUGUCUUCUUUGUUUAGUGCCUCUCUCAGUACACUGUCGUCAAUAUUAAGUAGCUGUUCGGCUGUUUUUUGGGAAGAUAUCGUCAGACCACACACCAAAGCGAUGUCCGAAAGACGAGGCAUUGUUAUUACUAAACUCGCAGUUUUAGGAUUUGGCAUUAGUGGAGUGGCCGUUGCUAUUCUUGUCUCCCAUACGGAAGGUCCUGUCAUCCAGAUAUUCUCUACAACAUCUGGUAUGAUAAUUGGUACAAUGGGAGGAAUCUUCAUUCUUGGCUGGACUAUACCUUGGGCAAAUAAAUUCGGAGCUCUGAUUGGAGGCGCGACCAGCGUGCUGUUGGUUGGAUGGAUCACUGUGGGCAAAAUGACUUCAUCUGCAUUAAAAAGCAGCCCAAAAUUAGAACCCGCUUCCAUACAAAACUGUCCGAUCAUCAAUAUUUCUUCUUACCAAUCAUACACCAACGCCUAUACAGCCGUUCAACUUAAUAGCACAAAUGUUUCUGCAACUGACCUAACAUUGGGAUCGAAGGAUAGCAUGGACGGACCGCAUGGUGUGGAUGUGCUGUAUUCACUAUCUUUUCGCUGGCUUGGACCGAUGUCCAUCCUCAUCGUGAUCCUAAUUGGUGCUAUCGCUAGCCGUAUGUCAGAAAGGCCGACUGUUGCGCCAGGACUAGUUGUACCCAUUGGUGAACUUAUCUGUGGCUGUUGUCCUUGGCAGAAGAUGGAAAAUGUCCAUUGUAGUGUGAAAUAUCACAAAUCAACAACUACGAAUCUGGAUGAACCGGAGACGCGACACAAAAUGAGAGACGUUGGCAUGAGUGAGUUUCCGGUUUAA